AUGAAUCCCAACGAGGAACAAAAUAAUCAGCCGAUCGCAGUGGAUGAAGCGCACGAUCAAGAUUCGGCUAUAGGUGAGGAAGACACACAGACUCGAUAUACAUCAUUGAAAAGCAACAUCUUCAAUUACCGCUACGAGAAUGGACGAAGGUAUCAUGCCUUUCGUGCAGGUUCAUACUGGGGUCCAAAUGAUGAAAAAGCCAUGGAUCAGUUGGAUAUAGGUCACCAUGUCUUCAAGAUUCUCCUUGGCGGACAAUUGCAUUUAGCCCCAAUCGAUAUCAACGCUGGGCGUGUUCUUGAUGUCGGGACAGGCACGGGCAUAUGGGCAAUUGAGUUUGCCGACAUGAACCCUGAUUCAUCUGUGAUUGGCACCGAUUUGAGUCCAAUACAGCCAACGUGGGUUCCGCCAAAUUGCGAAUUCGAAGUCAACGAUUGCACCGGGGAGUGGGGUUUCCAGGAAGAAAGCUUCGAUUUUAUUCACAUUCGAGGCUUAUACGGAAGUGUAGCUGACUGGGAUGCCUUCUAUCAAGAAGUCUAUAAACAUCUGAAGCCCGGGGCAUACGUGCAACAGGUAGAGCAGUCCGUGGAGCCAAAGUCAGAUGACAGAACUACUGACGGGACUGUCUUCGAGAGGUGGGGGAAACUAUCGCUCGAGUGUGGAGACAAAUUUGGCAAAACGCUACGUGUGGUUGAUGAAUCCGCGGGAUAUAUGAAAAAGGCCGGGCUUGAGGAUGUCACCGAGAAGAGGUUCAAAAUUCCAAUCGGUCCAUGGGCAAAAGAUAAGCGGAUGAAAGAACUGGGGAUCUACAAUCGUCUGCAGUGCGAAGAAGGUAUCGAAGGUUGGUCGAUGAUGCUGUUGACCACCGUUCUUGGAUGGGAUAGAGCUGAGGUCGAGGUAUACCUGGUCGAGAUGCGGCGGGCAUUGGCAGAUAAAAGCAUUCACGCCUAUCAAGAAUGGUGA